AUGCCGUUGUUUGGACCAAGGACCAAAAGUCCCCAGGAGCUUGUACGCUCGCUAAAGGAAAACUUGCUACAGUUGCCGAAUCUAAAAGAAAAAGAGUACAAGAAGGUGAGCGAAGAGGUCUCCAGGACGCUUCAGUCGAUAAAGACUUUGUUGUACGGCACAGUUGACCAGGAGCCCGCUACAGAACAGGUGGCCAUGCUGUCUACUGAAAUGUACCAGAGCAACACACUGCUAUUGCUAGUGCAGAAUCUUGCCCGAGUUGAUUUUGAGGGCAGAAAAGAUGUUGUUGCCAUUUUCAACAACUUGUUGCGGCGACAGAUUGGUACCAGAAUGCCCACAGAGGAGUAUAUAUGCAUGAACCCUACACUUCUGAUAGACCUUGUCAAGGGUUAUGAAAUUCAAGAAAUUGCCCUGAACUGUGGCAUGAUGCUCCGGGAGUGCUGUCGGUAUGAGUCCCUGGCCAAAAUUUUGCUAAAUUCUCCAGAGUUCUACAAGUUCUUUGAGUAUGUUGAAGUGUCUACUUUUGAUAUUGCAUCAGAUGCAUUUUCCACUUUCAAGGAGCUGUUGACAAAACACAAGAUGUUAUCUGCCGAGUUCCUGGAACAUAACUAUGAUGAGGUGUUCUCUUAUUACCAGACACUUUUGAAUUCUGAAAAUUACGUCACGCGUCGACAGGCGCUCAAGCUGCUGGGAGAGCUGUUGUUGGACAGACACAACUUCAGUACAAUGAACAGAUACAUCACCAAUCCUGAAAACCUCAAGCUGAUGAUGAACCUGUUGAGGGAGAAGUCCAGGAAUAUUCAGUUUGAAGCAUUUCAUGUCUUCAAGAUUUUUGUGGCCAACCCAAACAAACCACGUCCAAUCUUGGACAUUCUGUUGCGCAACAAGGAGAAACUGGUCGACUUCUUGACCAGAUUCCACACAGAGAGGUCCGAGGAUGAACAGUUCAAUGAUGAGAAAAGUUAUCUAAUUAAGCAGAUCAGGGAACUGCGAGCUCCUGAGGAUGGUGAUUCGUAG